UCAAAAUAUUUUGUCGUCACAACACGCGAUGACUUUUGUGGAGUUUAUGACAAUAUCGCAAACCCAUAUCUCAGCAGCACGUAGGCCGAGUCAAUGUCACCGUCUCUCGUACGGUCACAGGUAAAAUAGAACAUGCCUCGCCAGCUAAGCACUUCGUUGUCCGAUUUGAUGCUGGCUAUAUCGGCCUUCUAUGUAUCAUACUACUGGUACGAACACAAAUACAACAAUGCAGCCAUUGGGAUGUUCAUACAAGGCUGUGCAGCAUCCAUGGGGAUCUUCCGUUUUGCCAUGGAACAACCACAGGGAACCAUUAUCUAUAACGCCCACAAAUUCCUGUCCUGGUCAGCUGGUGCUAUCGGUGUCCCUAUGAUUGCACUCAUGUUUUGUUACAAGUAUGGAUCAGCAGCCCUGGCCAAUAAGAUCUCAAUAUUUAUUGUUUGUAUCCUGUUAGUGGUGUUCUUCCUCCCACCCAAGAACCGAGAACUUUGUUCACAGGCUGUAUCAGGGUUCUCCAUCCUCACCAUGGCAACAUUGUGUGCGAUGAACAAAAACUGGUUUGGCUUCGGAGCUUGUUUCGUGUAUGCAGCUGCUGGCAUUCUUUUUGGUUCUGAUGGUAAAUUGCUGGACAUUCCAAAAGUAGACUUCCUUCACUAUUUUCUAAUUGUAGGCAACACGCUCUUUAAAUUAGCACUGUAGUGAAGACAGAAUGAGCAGCAUGCUCAUUGACAUACAUUAAUUUGUAUCCCAGCUUUUCAGUGAUUACAGAUCUCAUAUUUGUGCAAAAAGUUAUUUCUUUUUGCACAAAACAGAGAGAAGAGCAGAUAUCGGUUACAGUUAAAUUUUACAGUACUGAACAUUGACAGUGGUAACCGGUUGUAAAACUUGCCUUGACCUAUAGGUCUCAUUGUGUAUAUAUCCAUAUAUAAACUUAAUAUUAUUGCUAACAAAUCAUAUUGGGGGUUAAUUAGAUGUUAAUUAGAAAUCAUUGUUUCAUUAAAAGUUUACAUCCUAUUAUAGAUUGUGUUCAGUUUGUGAUAUAAGGGAGAUAACCCUUGACUGUGUUGAAGUGUGGCCAGUGACACGACGUUUUAGUGACAAGAUGCUAAAUCUGGAAGCUGUAGAACAUGAAAUGUUUGUUGUGUAUGAACAUUUGUUGUUUACUUUUCUGAACAACGAAAUAAAUACAACUUCUUUUUAUUUUUAAA